ACUUGCCACAUGACAAAUUAUCUUAUUCUUCCUGAAAUACUGUCGGUUUUAAACCAACCCAUAAAAAAAUACACCUGUAAGGCUGCGUAUUACUCUGAUUUGUCGUUACGGCAGCCACGAAAACAAUAAACUGUAUAUCGUACAAAAUAAAUUUGGCGCUAUUUUCUACGUUUUGCUUCUACUUCUGCCAACCAAUCACAGUUCUUGUAUUAGGAAAAACAGAAAUAUUUUGGACAUUUGCGGUAAUUUUCAUUUCCCUCUGGAUGUGCACGAACAUGAAACGUGCGAGGCACUGUGAUGUUUGUGAAAUUUGCCUUACUCAGAGCAAAAACUGCGAAUCAUUCAGAAAUAUACAAUAGUAGAAAUGUCAUCUCGCUAUCUAACUGACCUUUCUUAGAUGUUUCAUUACGCAAAUCUAUCUCGUAAAUGGUAGCAAGUGAUAGGACUAUUUGGCUGCGGAAUAUUUCAAUGGGAUAGCUACGUUACAACUAGAUAAAUGUGGAUUCUGAGUUUCUGACAGUACUUAUGAUCAUGUUUGGUAUAUUUUUGUAAAUAAUUUCUAUAUUAUGUACAGUCCAAAACGAACAAAAUAAAACACUGUUUUAAAAUAGAGCUUCUGCUGGUUUUACUGGCAUCCUGAAGGGGCAGCACUGUCCCUGGUUACAGAGCGUGGAGACGGAACUGGGAAGUUAAUUCAAUAAAUCAGUGCUUCCUAAUUGAACCGCCUCAUUUAACCUAAUGACAAUUCGUUAAGUACAUUUCAUUAUAACUGCAUUCAUUUGCACUGAAUAUUGGCAAUACAUGUGUAACACUGCUGUACCAUCGAGAGAAAAUCACGCUAGGAGUGACCUAGUUUCCUUACGUGAAAAAUGACGUUCACUUGCGAUCUGUCAACGCCUAUGAAGUCAUAGCAGGUGUGGUUAUAUUUUUGUAGCGUUACAGCAGCGAUUGAACAUCUUGAGGAUAGCCGCAUGUGGUGACUUCAGUUAUGAUUCAUUGGCAGUUUGCUUACUAACUCACGGGGUCUGAACGUCACAGUUCUUGCGUUUUCAGUUGCACGAAGGAUAUUGUGCUAUAUGCAACUGUAAAUAGUGUGAGAAGGAAGCAUUAUAAGAUAACAUGGAGCUGGCACGAAAAGAUCACAUUGUUAUGACACCAAAAUGCAAAACUACUGAUUCAACAACCCUUGCGAUUGAACGUAGGGCAGUUCCUUUGGAUGAUACCAAGAAUGACAAAAUACAUGUUGCUGGUGGUGACCACCAGGGGAUCAUAAUUAACAAAGAACUGGCAAAGGAUGCGGAUGAUAGCCCAGCACAGCUGUCCCUGGAGUUCAGGGUGUUCCUCGUGAAUGCCCAGACAGGCAGCCAUACACGCGAGAGCCGUACGCUGCACUAUUGGUUCGCAGAGGAGCUGCCAGCGGCGGAGCGUCCGUCUGUGGCUCAGCUGUUCUUCAGGGAGCUGGUCAGCCCACAAGAAUUCCCCAGGGAUUAUGUUGGUUUCAUCAAGAAAGUUAUGAAACUGCUGCAGCACGGAUUUACUGGUAUCCGCAAAGUGGAAGUCACUCUAAAGCAGCUUGGUACAUCUGACCAACCUCCGCCUUCAGCUAGACCCUUAUCCGCAGAUGAGAGCACACUGGGUGCCGUCGCUCCGCUCACAGAAGAACGCAUCAAAGAACUGCUGGAAUCUUCUUUUCCGAACCCGGUGACUGCAGUGGAGCUGGCGCGUUCCAACGGCUGGUCCGAGGAGGAAGUGCAGGCGCAGUUGUCACAGCUGACGGAGAAGGGCAUUGCCAAGGCUCUCGAGCACGGUGCAUACACACGCGCAGUUGCUACCAAAGUGCAGGUUGUGCGUAACAUGCCGGCCAUGGUGCAGUCCAAGCAGCCGACAAUCGCCAUCAUCACUGCACAGUACUGUGAGAAGUUGGCAGUGGACUCCAUGCUAGAUAACCGGGAAACCUUUGUACGGUACACAACAGUCGGUACAUUGGCGAAAGACCCUGUGACUGGCAAGUCGGUGAGCUUGAAGCGUUUUGGAGAAUCAAAUGUCUACACAUUGGGCAACAUUGGAGCACACCGUAUCGUAUGCACAAAGUUGCCAACUGUCGGCCACACACGGGAGGCCAUUACUGCUGCGGGAAAUACAACAACCAGGAUGCUGGGGACUUUCCAGAAAGUGGACCAUGUGUUUUUGGUCGGUGUCGGAGGUGGAGUGCCUCACUACACGGACUACAGGAGGCAUGUCAGGCUCGGCGAUGUUGUCGUCUCGCAUCCUGUUGAUGGCAAGAGGUCAGUUUAUGUCUAUUGUGAGAAUGCUGCAUUAUCGGAGUCUGGUGGGGCAGAGUUUGAGAUAAAGGAAUAUUGCCCAAACAACAUGGGACUGCAGGAGAUUGCUGCCCAGCUGCAGGCAGAGGCAGAAUCCCGGGACGAACCACCGUGGAUGCAGUUGAUGCGGGAAGCAAUAAACUCGUUGCAGUCAGAGUCCGAACACGAUUUCUCUCAGCCUCCCGCUGACUCAGAUAAGCUGUACAUGGCUAUUGGAGAACGGGAUCUCAUAGAAGUGGCCCACCCAUCCCCACAAGAAGGUGCUGAAAAUCACAGGCGGAAAGGCUGUCCAUGGCUCCACCUGUCUCCCGUUGCGUCCGGGCGGGGCGUAGCUCGCGAUGAAGCGCUGAGGCAGCAGCUGGCCCACGAGACGGGGGCACUCGCAUUUGACUCGGAGUUCGACGCAGUGCUCGAUGCCGUGACUGGGUCAUGCAGAGACAGCUUCCUCGUAGCGCGCGGUAUUGCUGACUACCGCGACGGCGGCCGUCCAGGGGCAGCAGGCUCCCAGUGGCAGCCGUAUGCCGCCCUCGCAGCUGCAGCGGUUGUGCGCUGCAUCGUCGAGAGAGUCCCAGCUGUGUGUGACUAGCAUCUGUACUGAGAGACAACUCUCUUUGCUGGCUUAAUUAUACUGUUACCAAGAAUCUCCUUAGUAAUAGAACUUUGUAACUGUAGUUUCACUGUUAAAGAAAAGGCUGUAUUCUCAGAGAGCAUAAGAUACAGGAAAGUGAACAGUAGAGCACAAAAAACAAACCAAUUCAGUUAAUCUUUAAGAACAUCCAAGAUGAGACCUUAUUUUGUCCAUAUUUUAUGCAACCUACAGUUUUGACUCAAAUAUUUAAAUUGAUCAUAACUAAUGUUCUUAUGUACUUGGCAUAAACAAGAGCCCUGUUAUUCAUGCAAUUGUGUGUGCCAUAAACUUACAACUUUUGUUUCCAUAGGCAAAGUGUACAUGCUUAUUACUGUCGCGUGUGCAGAAAUUGUUAUGUUUUCAAUAAUUUAUUUAUUCUCAGUUUACAGAAUAUUAUGUAUGCUAUAUAUGCAGCUAAGAAGGUUUUUAGUGUGGUUUUGAAUGUCUCUAAACUCUCCUGUUUUGCUGUGUUAUUUGUAUUUGAUACAAUUCUUUAACAAGUGGAUAAGUCUGAUUUGUUUACCAAAGCUGUUUGCUUAAUACUUCAGCACAACCUGCUUUGAUUUAGAGGGCAGCUGAUACAUGUUUUCUUCUUAUGAGGGAAGCCCCUUAAGUAUACAAAUUAGGUUGAUAACAUUAAGUCAGCUAGCAAAGAUUUGUCACAGUGUUUGUGCUGUAUAGGAAAUAAUGCUUCGCUUCAAAGUUUUGACUGUUCUGAAUAUUUUUACUGUGUUUGAGUGGAGCCAUAUUUUAUGCUGCAACACUACACAUAAAUAACAAAAUUGAGUACAUCUGAUAUCAAAAGCAUACCUGAAGACAGCUGGCAGAUUGGGAAUCUUGCAAAUGGUAGUAAAGAAGCACAUCACUGUUGCUGAAAUGUUUAUAUUGGGACAUCAGUUGGAGUACCUGUUACACUAGCAGUUAACAAACGUUUCUAACUGGAUUGUAUGUUGUUCAGAUUUUGAGGUAUUAUUUAUUUUUUUAAUAGAUAGUCAGUGUGUAUUUUGAUGGAAAUACUGCCGAUGCCUUCAUGUGAUAAACCACAUUUUAUUGUUGUCAUGUGUGUCAAUUACAAUAAAUGGAUCCAUUUAAAGUGUUGUUUAAGUGGAAACUGUAAGUUAGUGCUGAAGAAAUUUAAUGCAGUUAAAUGAUCUAAAUUAAUAACAUUGGCUUAGUAGUUUGCAUUAGAACCAAAGACAAUUGUGUUUAACAAUUAAUGACUUAAAAUUUUUAAUUAACUGACUGUUCAAAUUACUAUUUGAAAUUUAUCAAAACUUAAAAAUCGCUUGCUGUUUGCAGUGUUUUCCCACAUUUAGAAACAGGUGGUAAAAGAAUUAUGGUUGUCAGGAGGGCUUAAUUAGCAUGUUAGUACAGGUACCUUAGGACCAUGGGAAGGGGCUAAAAGACUAUUUUGGAUGUUGGCACAAUAAAUGUUGUAUAUUCUGCCAAAAUAAUUCGAAAUUCCCUAUCUCUGUUAAAUUCAGCCCCUCACCUCUCUUUUUCCCUGCCCUCUCGCCUCCAUCCCUUCCAGUCUAUUUUUCUGUCAUCACAAAAUUACAUGACUUGCUUAUUUUGUGGUUUAUUGCAGUUUUCUUUCUCUUUUUCUGCUGAAGAGAUUACAGUUUGCAUUCAGUUUGAAAUUUUUGAUACUUUGGUUUUAUUCAUGUUUGUUUGUUCUGUUGUGAAGCAUAUUCACAGAACGUUGCCAGGCAAAUGUAAUAUAUCUUCUACAUUACAUUGAGAUAUCAGUGACAGCUAGAAAUACGUGCAUUACCCAAAUGAAAGAUACAUAUGUCUCCUGAGACCAAGCGUAUCAUCUUAAUUUAGAGUGUGCUAACAAAUUAUAUCUAAUGUAGAACAGAACACAGUUGUAGGCCUUAUAUUUGAUGACAUAUAACUGGCACUAUUCUAUACAAAAAUAGACCUUACCACUUAUAUCUUCCAUCCUCAGCUUGCCAACAGUAUAGUGAAUUAUAGCAACCUUUUACACAAACUGUGUUGAUAAAAUUAUGGUUUUAAAUUUGUGACUGACUUGCUUUCGUAGGUAAAGGUUCUUACUUGCUUCUUAGGAUCUGCACUGCAAGUUUUGAAUGUAGGUUAUGUGGUGCUUUGUUUCAGUGGUUUAUUAAACCCUGUCUAUUGACUGCAUAAGAGUACAAGAAACUGAAAUGUAAUGAAAAUUAAGCAACCAGAGAAAAUUCUUAAAAAGAAUCCAAGUUUUACAUUACACAAGAAUAUUAAUUCCAGGCUACAAAUCAAUUAGGGAAACUUAUAUAUUUGAAAUUAAUUCAGUUCUGUGGAAAAAUGAUAUCUUUUUAUUGAGAUAUUGAGAAAUUAGUUAGUCACACUGAAAAGGCUCUAGUUCCAUGAAAUUCUUGAACAGCGCAAAAGAGUGACAAUGUAUGGGAAGAUGAAGGCUCUACUUCUAGGAAAUAGAAGAGAUAUUACUGGAAUGACUUGUCAUGUUUAAUUCAGCAAGGAUAGUGGACUGUGUAAGAAGAAUUUGAUAUGUCUGAAGUGUUACUACUAGAAAAAAAAUAGUCUUUCUUUUCAGUAAAUAUUUUCUGAUAUUAUCUUUUGCUGUACUUGUUUCUUAAAGACUUAAGAACUCUCAAGUUCUGUUUUCUAUUUUACUUUCUACUAUUUCUGUUAAUGCUCGCAUCAAAGUGCACUAAAUUCCUUCUUAAUUAUUAUGUAACACAGCUAAUGGUCUGUCUCUAAUGUUUCCAUUUUCAGUAGUCCAUUAAAGUGUAAAUUUAAAUUCCAUUUUUAAAGCUAAAUUAACACUAUUUGUGAAAAAUAAGUGACAACAUUACAUGAUUGAACAGUCAGUAGUGUCAGUUAUUUAUGAAUUUUAUACAGUUAUAUGUACAUUGCAGUUUCAUUUUGCAACUUGCGUUACACAUUGGUUAAACAUUAAGAUAACAUUUGUGUGAUUGAUGUUAAUAUUUUUACAAUAAUGGGAAAAGAAUUUUUUUAACGAGAGCAUACCAACAUUCACAUACGGAAUUCAGGGAAAUUUGAAAUCAGGCUGGUGGUCUGUGGAAUUCUAUCAGCCUGUCUACAAAUAUGAGACUGAUAUCUUUUUCCGCCUGUUGUCAGAAAUAUAGUUUGUGAGUUUUAAUGCAAACUGCUACCUUUGUGUGGCCUAAUUUUUGUUUAUCAGAAUACAAAUAAAUUGUGCAAAGGAAGUAAGACACUGAACAUAAUCAAACUUCGAUUUUGAUAUAUAGUACCACAAUUACGACUUUGAGCCAACCUUCUUUUUCAGUUUAAGGCUUCUUUUAUUUCAUGCAGAACUAUGACAAGACUGAUGAAAAUAUUCCUGUGAACCAAUUUCUUUAAACUACAUUUAUGAACUACAAUAUGAAUUAUAACAUUAAAUGCUUAUUUAUACUGUUGCCUUUUGAAAAUAAAUAUAUUUGAGACAGUUUAUUAUUCAAAUUGUUUUUGUUGUUCCUUUUUCAAAAUUAGCUUUGCUUCAUUUUAUCAAUAGCCAUCAGUUAUGAUGCCUGCUAUUUCAGGAGUAUUGCUUUACCUAUAAAUAUGUAAAGCGCCAACUAUUUCUUUGUUCAGCAACUUAAUUUUAAUUCUACCCUGCGAGUAAUGUUCUCUCAGGAAUUACACACAUAUGCUGUCAAAGAGUUAACUCGUCUUUCUUGCACAAUUGUUGCAGUCGAUUCUAAUGGCCAAAACAACUCAUCAUCAUAGCAUGAAUUAUACGUGUCUUUUGGAAACAACAAGUGUGUUACUUGUUUUCAUCAGAAAUAUGUCUGUUGGAUGUGCUGUAUUAAUAAGGAAACUAAUGUUUGUGCCCUGAGCACUAAUGUUCAUAUUCACAGGCAACAACUAAACAUUUGAAGUAAUAUUGUGCUUGUGAUUAAGUGACUGGUCAUGUUACGGUGGAAGCAAAUUUGUGAACAACUGAGACUUAAUUUGUACAUAGACAAAAAAUAUUGUGCUUUUUUAAUGGACUAUGUGAUUUUUACAAGUCAUGUUAUUGAUUUUUGUCUUUUUUUUAACAUAAAAUUUGUAAAAAAAAAAAGGAAACUUAAAAAUAAAGUUGGUUGUGUACAUGUAAGCGAACAGGAAGGGAACUGAACUGUCUGUCCAAAUAUUCAGUUAAAUUGUCAGAUACUCAGAGAUGCCUAACCAAUACUUACCUUCAUGAUUUAAAACUCCCAGUACUAGUUAUAACACAAGAAUAAAUCUCAGUUGUUGUAAUAGUAGGCUUCUUCAGGGAAGAAAGAGGAAUUAAGUGGAAGGGCGAAAAGGGGAACGUCAAUCAGAAACUGCUGAACCUCCCUCAACAGAUUCUUCUUUCUUCCCUGAAGGAGUCGUGUAUUCUCCCAAAAUCCAGGAAUACUAUGUUCUACUCUUCUGCAUUGCUGUGAGUUUUACUAGGAAGCCCUGGGCAACAUUGCUAUCCCUCUGUGGUUUUAACGAGGUCCUGAAUUGAAAUAUCAUUUUUAUACAAAUUACCAGCUGAAUUGUGUUAUAGAAUAUUUUAAAUCUAACAUGAAACUGUCUUAAUGUUUUAAGGGCUCAGCAUGUCAGCAAUUAAGAUUUCAAAGAUACUACUAAGUUUAGCAGAAGAUUUAGCGUAGAUAGUGAAGGAAAUGUAUUUGUCGAUAUCAGUGUUCAGUGCAGUAAUAAAUACAUCAUUUCCUGAAGCAUUGUCAGACAGAUAUGUCUAAAAGAAUUGAAGUACGAGAUGUGGCAGUUGCUGAAAGUGAUUGGGGUACUGUGUCCAUUAGUUCAUACAGAUGUGGUUAUUGUACAGCAGGGAUUUGCUCUGUUAUCAAAGCACAUUGUUGCAGAUGUUUUCAUAUUUAAUUCUGUAGGGAACCCUCAACUGUAUCACCUUGUCGUAAUCUCAUCAUCAGCACAUACCUUCUCCAUCCACUUGUUGUGCUUCAUGCCAUGCUUUCGAUAAUGUACAGUUUUCUACUAAUUGAAGAUUAUUUGACUGCUGCUUCCAUCAUUGACAUGCCAACUACAACCUGAUUAAAACCACUUGUUACUUUUCACAUGGCACUUCAGUGUUGCCGCACCAGAUGGCAGGUGUGCUUCAAGUAAGGCAUGCACAAUAAGCAGUAGGCUGCUUACAUGGCCGGAACACAGUUUCACCCUCUGCAGACAGCAGCAAUUAAAUGGACUGCCAGUUGUGUCUGACAGUGGAUUAAGUCUGUCUGCUGCACUACCCAAAAAUUUCAAGUGAACUGUUGUUUCGUUGUGAUACCUUGGCAAUGUGUGUCUCACACACUUCCAGUUAGUGUGGUAUGGAUUUUUGUGAGAAAUUUUUCCUCACCUAAUCUGCUUACAAUGUGAUAAUUUUCUGUAAUGUCUGUGUUUGAAAAUGUGCUGGUUCAUGACUGUGAACAGUUAUUAUUUUCAGUGAUGAUGUACUCUUUGCUUUUCACUGAACUUGUGCUCUUGUCUUGUCACUAAUUUCAAUUCCUGCCCAGAAAUAUGCAGUACCAGAUAGUUGUAUAUAGGGCUCUACAAUCAGCAUUGUUACAUUACUUACAAGGGAACAUUUUUGUUCACUCCAGAUAUUCAUACUCAAAAUUGAACUCAUUGUAUGGAUUUGAAUGUGUGGAAAUCAGAGACAACAGGCAUGCAUCUGUCAGUUAAGAUUGUUGCUCAAAUGGGAUAAUAUUAAUGGGUAUGUAAUAAACAGUUUCAGCAUGUGAUUUUCGAAAUAAGCCUGAAAAGUGUCUAAAGUUCUAGGUUACAGUAAUUUUAGAGUGUCGCAUUGGAUAUGACAGACGAGUACAGACUGUUGACAUCAGCAUACAUUUCUUUUUUCACUUUCCUUCAGUAAAAGAUGGUAAAAGGUACUAUUUAACAUAUCUCUGAAGGAACUCUACAGCACCUUAUCAGUUUUCUCGUUCUGUUGAUGGUGGGCACUCGUUUGAUCAUUCAAAACUGACUCUCAUUUUAGGAAGAUUAUCUGUUACAUUGUGUUCACUUAUUUAUCUCUAGUACAAUAAGUUUCAGUAAUGCUGUCUGUAUAAAGAACAAUAUAGGAUUCCUCGCUCAAUAAAAUUUAAUACUUUUGUUAAAUUAAGAUGCUGACUUGCCGCAUGCAUAGUGAUGGAUGUUUCACGGCCACUGUGUCAGGUGUGAAAUUCUGCUGUGGCCACAUAGUGCCUGGCAGCAGCCUGAUAGCUUUAAGUGUGUUAAUACAGCCGUAUUGUGAGCCAGUUCUUUAUCUUCAUUAUAUGGAGGACCUCAAACUUUCACUUAUAUCUGUUACCAACAAAUCUUAGGAUAUUGGACAGACUGUUGGUCAUCUAAAAUGUUAAUUUUCAUAUGUGGCUCUUUCUGAAGAUAUUGCUACCAUCCCUGUGAGCUAUGAGGAAGAAAAUAGUUGAACUGUUCCCAGUUGUGUAGUAGAUCAAUAGCUGUCCUUUGUUUGAAGUACUGCUGCCAACCUGGACACUAUGCAUCUGAUUUUUACUUUGGCUGAUCACAUUGUUACAGUGGAACUUUUUUUGCAUAAAAAUAUGAUGCACAGAGAGAAGAAAAAGCAUGAAUAUUCUGAGUGUAGCUUAGUUGAAAGAUAGGUGGUUUGUAAGGUCAUCUUUACUAGUCCAGGCUAUAGAAAUUAGAAACAAAAGGUCAAUUAUUAUUAUUGUUGCAAGACUCAGUACAUUGAAACACCUCAUGUGAAUCUCUCCCUGUGUUUGAAUAUUUGGUCAGGUAAAAAUGUUCCCCUGUUAACAUUGUUAAAGAGCAGUCACACACAUGGGUUAUGUGCUCGAUGGGUUAAGGUAGAAAGAGUCCUGCUAUCAAGUGUCUUGUGUAAUUUUCCAAAUAAUAUGUAAAAUAACUUGAUUGUGUGUACCUAGUGAUACAGACAGUGCUAUGUGUGUGUCCAACUUGGCAGAGUGUUACAGAGUCAAACAGAGCACAAUUUUUUGUAUACAUGUCAAAGGCUUCUGCUACAUACAUGCACCAUUUAGAUACAGAUGGAAAAAAGCAAGAUCCUAAUAGUCUCUUACAAUUUACAGUGCUGUAGUAGCACUUACAUUAGUGGUCUAAGUGAUCGAUAUAUAACCUCUUACAUGUUACCUAUUUAAUCAUAACUGCUUCACUUACUGAGAUUCAGUCCAUGGAAAUUGCCUGAAAUUAUUCUUAUGCUAAAUGAAACAUAAUGCAAAUGUUGUUGUAAUCUGUGUUCACAUAUAUUUUCUUUUUUCUGUCAUCCCAUACACUUACAUAUAUGCCUUAAUUAUUUGGUUACUAUUAGUUUUGCACAUCUUUCGUUGAAUUGGUUAGACAAAAUAUGCGAAUUUUGGUGUUUGGAAUAUUAUUGCAUGUAAAUAUUGUUCAAUUUAUUUACAUUGUGGCCUAGAUAUUGAAGCUGGUGAUAACAGCACAAACUCUCAUUACGGACUGAUAUUGUUAUCAGCUUCAAUUUUUUUAAGCUGGAGUGAGCUAAUGUAGCAAAAGAGGUUUUUCUUCAAUUGUUUUACAGUGGCCAUUGACUUGGGUGGUUGAAUUUAAAUAACUGCAACGUAACACCAACUUACAUGAGUCAGUGGAUACUUCUUACCUGUAAUCUGGAGCACUUCUUCCAUAGUCAGUAAUCUUCUCACAGUUCCAAUCUUAGCAACUUAUCUGAGUCACUGAGUGGAAAAAGAAUUAACAUGAAAACACACUUGAUAAGGCAUACUCAAAUAUUAUUCUAACUGUUACAAAUAUGAGAAACAAGUACAAUCCUCACCACUGUAUACGAAAGAAAAACAAGACAUAAAAAUGUGUCCUUAUUAAUUUACUGAAUACUCACUGUUGUUAUUGUCUUUCAAAAUUGUGAUGUUUUGUGUGAAUGUUCCUCACUGUUUUACGUAUUUUUUUCCA